AUGGGUAAAGAAAACGAGCCCAAGACCUACCGCUAUAAUGAGACUCCCAUCUACACUACCUCCAAUGGCUGCCCAGUCAUGGACCCCCAGGCUGCUCAGCGGGUCGGCCGCAACGGGCCUCUGCUCCUCCAGGACUUCCACUUGAUCGACCUUCUUUCCCACUUCGACAGAGAGCGCAUUCCCGAGCGAGUCGUUCAUGCCAAGGGCGCUGGCGCUUACGGCGAGUUUGAGGUUACCGACGACAUCAGCGACAUAACUGUCAUCGAUAUGUUGAAGGGUGUUGGCAAGAAGACGAAAUGCUUUACUCGUUUCUCCACCGUCGGAGGCGAGAAGGGUUCUCCCGACAGCGCUCGUGAUCCCCGUGGCUUUGCCAUCAAGUUCUACACAGACGAGGGUAACUGGGAUUGGGUCUUCAACAACACACCCGUGUUCUUCAUUCGCGACCCUGCCAAGUUCCCCAUCUUCAUUCAUACCCAGAAGCGCAACCCUCAGACCAACCUGAAGGAUGCCACGAUGUUCUGGGACUACCUGUCCACCCACCACGAGGCUGUCCACCAAGUCAUGCACCUCUUCAGUGACCGUGGUACUCCCUACUCCUACCGCCAUAUGAACGGAUACUCUGGCCACACCUAUAAGUGGAUCAAGCCGGACGGCACUUUCAACUACGUCCAGAUCCACUUGAAGACCGACCAGGGCAACAAGACCUUCAACAACGAGCAGGCCACUCACCUAGCCGCUGAGAACCCGGAUUGGCACACCCAGGAUCUGUUCGACGCCAUCCAGCGGGGCGAGAACCCCUCCUGGACUUGCUACGUUCAGGUCCUGAGCCCAGAGCAGGCUGAGAAGUUCCGUUGGAACGUCUUCGACCUGACCAAGGUCUGGCCGCAGAGUGAGGUGCCCCUGCGCCGCUUCGGCAAGUUCACCCUGAACAAGAACCCUGAGAACUACUUCGCCGAGGUUGAGCAGGCGGCUUUCUCUCCCUCCCACAUGGUCCCCGGUGUCGAGCCCUCGGCCGACCCCGUCCUCCAAUCCCGCCUCUUCUCCUACCCCGACACCCACCGCCACCGCCUGGGCGGCAACUAUGAGCAGAUCCCCGUUAACUGCCCGCUCCGGGCCUUCAGCCCCUGGCAGCGCGACGGCUACAUGAACGUCAACGGCAACUACGGUGCCAACCCCAACUACCCCUCCACCUUCCGGCCCUACCGCUACGAGCCCGUCAAGGCCAGCCAGGAGCACGAGAAGUGGGCUGGCUCCAUCGUCACGGAGCAGCUCCCCAUCACCGAAGAUGACUACGCCCAGGCCAACGGCCUCUGGCAGGUCCUCGGCCGCCAACCCGGCCAGCAGGACAACUUCGUCCACAACAUCGCCGUCCACCUCUCAGCCGCCCACGAGCGCGUCCGCAAGGCCACCUACGCCAUGUUCUCCAAGGUCAACGCCGACCUGGGCGCCCGCAUCGAGAAGUCGACCGAGGCCAAGGCCGCCGGCGUCAAGUCGGCCCGUCUGUAAAAUCAAAAAUCUGAGCUUAGUGCCUAGUUAGCUGUUUGAUCUCUUGCCUCUUAGCCUGUUGUGUUGUGUCUUGAUCCCUGCUAUCGGGU